AUAACCUGAAAAAGGAUUUACUAUUAUCUUUUCAAAAAAUUUUAACAGAUUUUUCCAAUGAAAAUCUUUCCAAAGAAAUGCUUAAAUAUAUUUUAAUAGCCUUUAAGCAGCAAAUGUCAGUAAUAGAAAAAACAGUUGAUCGAAAACUUCAAAUCUAUUUGAGAGAAAGUUGGACAGACACAUAUACAGCAACCAAUUAUGCGUAUAAACAAAGUUUUGAUGCAUUGAACAUUAAUGCAAUUCGAGAAUAUCUUAAAGAUCCGAUAGAAUAUAUGACAACCCUUUUUAAUUCUGAUUAUGCAGUAUAUAAAGUAAGUUUGACGAAUUCUAUAUUACGUGAAAUUGAUGAAUAUUACAAAAAUACAAAGGAAAACCUAUUAAAGGCUGUUUCUGAAUGGAGUGCAUUAUUCGAUCCAGAGCAAAUAUAUGAACAACUGCAAUUAUCAAGCUUUCUUCUUUAUUUAUCUGGAAAGUCAAUUUCUUCUAAAGAAUAUAAUUUAUUAAGAACAUCUAUGCAGCGAAAGCAUAAUAUUAAUAUGAAUAUGACACCACCGGAGUAUGAUUUUUCCGAAAUUUUAAAGGAUGUAGAUAAACUACUUGGAAGUAUUACCAUUGAAAAACCUGUUUAUUUUUGUGAAUUACUUUGUAAGUCCAUAACAGAAGGAGAUAGUAUACAAAAUAUAUGGACUGAUACAGAAAGAAAUGAAUCGAAGAAAAGAAUGAAUACGUAUUUAGAAACAAAAAUAAGCUAUUAUAAUCAAAUUGGUUGUUCAGCAAGAUGUCCACUAUGCUCUUCUAAAUGUGAGCUACCUGAUGAUGAUCAUACUCAACAUCAAGUAACUAAACAUUUGCUUCCAGCUUUUAAUGGUUGUCGGAACAGAGAAACAAAGUAUCCAUCUUUAAUUGUAUGUACCGAGGAUAAAGCUCAUGACGAGAGAUUAUGGGGAUAUAGUAAAAAGGAUCAAAAUUUAUUACCACUCUCUGAAUUUUUGUCUAAAUAUCAUCCAUCAUGGCUUCCUUUUCCCCGAUCAGAACCUUCUGAUGAACAUAUAACAAAAAUGCGUGCGAUCUGGUAUAAACUUAAAGAUGAACUCUGUAAAAAACAUGACAUGGUUGAUAAUACUGAUCCAUCAUGGGAAUUCAGAUACGGAGGUCUCAUUCCAGAAUAAGUUGGGAGAAUUUGUUUUGUUAACUUACAAUAAUUUUUAUUUUAUUUUAUUUUAUUUUAUUUAUUUAUUUGUUUGUUUGUUUUUACUUACAAU